AUGUCCAACCCCAAAGCAAAGCAGCUGCCACCUGCUCAAUCGAAGCCUCCCUUCUCCAAGCCAACCCAGCCAAAGUCGCAACUCACCAAGAACCCCGCCGCGAAGCCUCCAGCCGCCGUCAAACAAGUCACAAAGACGCCCAGCGGCCCCUCUCGACCUAUCGGCGGUGGAGCUCGUCCAGCACCACGCAGUGCUCCCUCUGGCAGCAAGUCAGGCCCACCCGUCGCGACCAAGAAACCCGCCAUCAAGCCCUCCGUGCCUCCACGACAAGAGCGUGAGGGUAAUUGGGUUAGCAAGACGAUCCAGAACAGCGUCGCGGGAGUGGGCAACUAUGCUGGUGGUUUCAUCAACAGUAUUGGGGCGAAUGUGAAUAAGGUUGGACAGGGUGUGGGGAAUCAGAUUUCUGAUCGUACACGUGGAUGGGGACAAGGUGUUGCUGGAUAUGGUAAUAACAUCAAGGAUGCUGUUGGUGUAGGAGGACCUCGCGUUGCCACAGGUGGUAAUCCUCUGGGACUUGCCGGUGUGGGCAGUUCGCAGAACUCGCAGGGCGGGAAGCCGGUGCAGGCUGUCAGGUCUGCCGGCAAAGGUGGUGGUAGCAACCCACUUGGCCUGUGA